AUGUUUCUCUUUCUUUUUUUUCUUUCUCCUUUUACUUUUCUCUUUCUUUUCUUCCUUUCUUUCUCCUGCAAUGAUUACUUGAUUUUCUUGUUUUUCUUCCUUUCUUUCUCCUGCAAUGAUUACUUGUAUGUUUCUCUUUCUUUUUUCUUCCUUUCUUUCUCCUGCAAUGAUUACUUGUAUGUUUCUCUUUCUUUUUUCUUCCUUUCUUUCUCCUGCAAUGAUUACUUGUAUGUUUCUCUUUCUUUUUUCUUCCUUUUUUCUCUCCUGCUGAUUACUUGUAUGUUUCUCUUUCUUUUUUUCUUCCUUUCUUUCUCCUGCAAUGAUUACUUGUAUUAUAUAAAUUAUAAUAUUCUACUUCGUUCGGAUCUAUCUAUCUAUCUAUCUAUCUAUCUAUCUAUCUAUCUAUCUAUCUAUCUAUCUAUUUCAGCUCAUGUCGCUAUCUAUCUAUCUAUCUAUCUAUCUAUCUAUUUCAGCUCAUGUCGCUAUCUAUCUAUCUAUCUAUCUAUCUAUUUCAGCUCAUGUCGCUAUCUAUCUAUCUAUCUAUCUAUCUAUCUAUUUCAGCUCAUGUCGCUAUCUAUCUAUCUAUCUAUCUAUCUAUUUCAGCUCAUGUCGCUAUCUAUCUAUCUAUCUAUCUAUUUCAGUUCAUGUCACUAUCUAUCUAUCUAUCUAUCUAUCUAUUUCAGCUCAUGUCGCUAUCUAUCUAUCUAUCUAUCUAUCUAUCUAUCUAUUUCAGCUCAUGUCGCUAUCUAUCUAUCUAUCUAUCUAUCUAUCUAUCUAUCUAUCUAUCUGUACAGUAUACAAUCACCUGCAGCAUUUAAUAUCAAUCAUAUUCUCUUGAAUAUGUUCGAAAAAACUGGUCUUCGUUAA